UGCAGACGUUCUACUUUAACAUACAUGAUAAAUGAAUCUAAAGAAUAUUAAUACAUAUGUACAUGUUAAGACAGCUUUAACAGUAACUGAAAACCAUACUAUAUUCUAUCUUUUGAAAUGUGUUUUCCCUCCUAAAUGUCCAAGUGGGUGUGUAAUACAGUCAUUGAUGGAAAAUGAAAGUGUUCUCAUAUCUACAACUGACUCUCCGGUAUACUUUCCUGGGACCAGCAGUCAGAUGCAUAAUGGAACCUUUGAUUCACAAAGUCUGUUUGCUAACUUUCCUCGUCGUCUUCGAUGCCACUUCAUCUGUUGCAGACCUCAGCCUCAUAGUCCCUCCUGACCCUGUAGUGGCAUCUGCUGGGGAUGACAUCAUCCUUCCCUGUAAUCUCUCUCCUCAAAGUAGUGCUGUUGCCAUGGAUAUCAGGUGGUUUAAGGAGGGAGACUUCACUAACCCCCUGUAUUUGUAUAAGAGCAGAACGGGGGAAGAGGGGGAGGGCUAUAAGGGCAGAGUGAGUCUGCUCACCCAGAAGCUGGAAAGAGGCAACUUAUCGCUGCUGUUGAAGAAUGUCAAGGUGUCAGAUAGGGGACGCUACAAAUGCCAAGCCAGCCACUUGGAUUGGAUCCAGGAACCAGCUGUUGUGCUUCAAGUUACAAAGCAGGGCAGUGUCCCCAGGAUCUCCAUGAGGAAGCACCACAGAGUGUUCAUCCAGCUCAGCUGUAGCUCAGAGAACUGGUACCCAGAGCCUGACAUGUUGUGGACAGACAGCAGUGGGAAGGAGAUCACCUCAGCAGAGACAGAGAGACCCAAACAGAAGGAGGGGGGCGUCCUGUACUCCAUAACCAGUCACAUGAGAAUAGGGAUGGACCAACUGGGGGCGGUCACCUGUGUAGUGAUGUCACAGAACCAGGAAACCAAGAUGGAGUCUGCGCUGCAGAUGACUGAGGAGUUCUACGUCAGCAGCCUCCCUGACCGCGUCUACAUCGCUGCAUUUGUGAUUCCUGUGUUUCUGGCACUGGUGUGUAUCACAGCAUCUGUCCUCUUUGUCAUGCACCAGAAAAGAGAUAUUCAGGAGAAACUGAAGCCUAUUGAUGAAGUCAUAGCAGAACUAAAAGAGAAGAAGAAAGAACUCACCAAAAAGAAUCAGCUAUUGGGAAUAACUGGAACAAUUCCAGACACCGUUUGGACCUUAAUGGUGUAUCAUCAUGCAGUGGAUGUGACUCUGGACCCUGACACCGCACACCCCAAACUCACUGUAUCUGACGAUAAAAAAUGUGUCAAGUUUGGAGACCUACGGAGAGAAAGGGGCACUGAGAAGAGAUUUGAGGAAAAGCAGUGUGUCUUGGGAAUGAAGGGAUAUGAUAUAGGCACACAUUACUGGGAGGUUGACCUGGGGGAGAAGAGCCAGUGGAGUGUUGGAGUCGCACAGGACCCAGAGAACAGAAACAACACACCAAUGAUUCCAGAGAAUGGCUAUUGGAGCAUACGUUUGGAAAACGGUGUAUUGAAAACAGUUGACAGGUCUUCUAUUGUCCUUCCCAUUGAACUGAAACCUGGAAAGCUGGGGGUGUUAGUGGACUAUAAGGAGGGAAAGAUAGUGUUUUUCAACGUUGAGAAGAAAUGCCACAUCCACUCCUUCCUUGGAAGAUUUGAUAAGACACUCUAUCCGUUCUUUGGUCCUUUGAUUGGUUGUACAGAGGAACUCAAAAUCUCACCCAUCCCUCAAGCUCAAGUGAACCUAUAAAAGAUUGCAGUUGUGUAACGGCGUUCGUCUAUUGAAGGAGAGUCGGACCAAAAUGCAGCGUGGUGGUUACUCAUGUUCUUUAAUGAAGAAUCGCGAUACAUGAAAUAACUAUAUAAAUACAAAACAACAAACGGAACGUGAAAACCUAAUUACAGCCUAUCUGGUGAACACUACACAGAGACAGGAACAAUCACCCACAAAAUACACAGUGAAACUCCGGCUACCUAAAUAUGGUUCCCAAUCAGAGACAACGAGAAUCACCUGACUCUGAUUGAGAACCGCCUCAGGCAGCCAAGCCUACGCUAGACACCCUACUCAGCCACAAUCCCCAAUGCCUACAAAAACCCCAAUACGACAACACAUUAAACCCAUGUCACACCCUGGCCUGAACAAAUAAUUAAAGAAAACACAAAAUACUAAGACCAAGGCAUGACAAGUUGUCGGGCAAGGCCAUAGCAUUUUUUGUUCUGUCUUUAGUACCCCAAAACUCUCUGUGGUUUAAAUUGACCAUGGAGAAAAUUAUUGAUGCGUGGAGUGCAAUCCGGAUUAUCUUCCAUUGUUUGAGUAAUUAUUUAGCUUUAGCUAUUAUUCACUUUGUUAAGAUUGAGUUACUUUAAACUUUUACUUAUUUUGUCACACACAAAUUGAUCUGAGCGAUGUGAGAUGGAAUGUUUUCCCCUUUUUCAUAGCUGUACUGUUUUCUAAUGUUUUAGAUGUAACUGUAUACAUCUAUUAAAAUCUCUGUUUUGAUUCUGUA